AUGUGGGCGACAUUUUGUCUAGCGUCCAGCUGCACAGCUUACGCUUGCCAGGCUUGUGAGGGAUUAGUGAGCAGCAUCUCUUGCCGAUUGGCAAGAAUCGGGUAUUGCAGCCUCUUCGCACUCUCCUUGCUGCUCGCAUGGAUGCUGCAUGACCUCACUUUCUUUGUUCUUCUGGCAGGAAGACUCUCAACAUACAACUGGAAUGCUGCAUGGAUUGCCAAAGAGAGUCAGUUCUGGUAUAAUGCCUUGCUUGCUGUGUCCUUAGUGUGCUACAUCACGACUUUUGUUUUCUUGGGAUAUCUGUGGAACAACUCGAAACUGUUGAGAAACACCUUCAGUGCUUGA